AUGAGGCUGUGGGUAGAAGGCUACUGGAUUUCAGUGGGAGACAAGGAGCCUACAAUUGAUGAAUCUUACGUUCUGACGUCUUCCGUGAAGCUAAACCUGAGAGAUAUCGUCCGAGUGGUGUCUGCAGGAAUCUAUCCUGUACUAAUCCAGGGAGAGACAUCUGUCGGUAAAACAAGCCUGGUCUGUCGGUAAAACAAGCCUGCAGCUACUGGCAACCACUAUGUGCAGAUUAACAACCACGAACACAUGGAUAUUCAGGAACACAUAGGCUGUUACACAUCCGGCUCUUCCAGGAAGCUUGUCUUUAAGGAAGGUGGUCUUAUUGAUGCUAUGAGACGGGGCUACUGGAUUAUUUUAGAGGAAUUAAAUUUGGCGCCUACUGAUGUGCUGGAGGCACUAAAUAGACUGCUGGAUGAUAACCGGGAAUUGCUAAUAACAGAAACACAAGAAGUUGUCAGAGCACAUCCUCAGUUCAUGCUUUUUGCCACUCAGAAGCCCCCAGGACUUUAUGGGGGCAGAAAGGUGCUUUCUAGAGCCUUUAGGAAUUGGUUUAUGGAACUAUACUUUGAUGAAAUCUGGCACAAGCGCUGUAGUUGGCCGCCCUCCUGUUGCAUCAGAUUGGUUAAAGUCAUGCUGGAUCUCCAGUCAUAUCGCAGGAGUUCUUCUGUGUUUGCUGGAAAGCAGGGCUUCAUCACUCUGAGAGAUCUGUUGUGCUGGGAUGAAUGCUACUGGCUGGCUGAGCAGACGGACAAGGAAUAUGAUUGGCUGCAGCAUUUAGCCAAUGAUGGCCUUAUGCUUCUGGCAGGUCAAGUCAGGAAGCAGGAAGAGAUUGAUGUGAUUCAACGAGUCCUUGAGAAACAUUUCAAGGAAAAACUAUGUCCCAAGUCACUUUUCUCCAAAGGAAAUGUGCUGAAAUUACUGGGUAAAUUGUCUCCCCAGUUGUCUUUGUUGGAAUCUAAGUUCAGCCGUGUCGUGUGGACCACAGCCAUGCGGAGAUUGGCCAUGCUGGUGCAAUGGGCAUUGGAAUUUGGUGAACCAGUGCUGUUGGUUGGAGACACUGGGUGUGGGAGAACUACGAUCUGUCAGUUGUUUGCAGCUUUAGCAAAUCAGAAAUUCUGUCAACUGCCACUUAUACACAUGGAGACCUCGGACUUCCUGGGGGGGAGGCUGCGACCAGAAGAAGUGGACACGUCAAAGCUUUUUGAAUGGCAUGAUGGGCCUCUGGUUAUGGCCAUGAAAGAGGAUGGUGUUUUCCUCUUGGAUGAGAUCUCGCUAGCAGAUGACUCUGUUCUUGAAAGACUCAAUAGCAUCCUUGAGGUGGAGAAGCCUCUGGUGCUAGCUGAGAAAGGGAGCUCAGAGGAUAAAGAUAAUGAAGUGGAGCUGUUGACUGCUGGGAAAAAAUUCCGUAUCUUAGCCACCAUGAACCCUGGGGGUGACUUUGGAAAAAAAGAGUUGUCUCCUGCCUUGAGAAAUCGGUUUACGGAAAUAUGGUGUCCUCAGAGUACAAACCGUGAAGAUUUGAUUCAGAUUAUCAAUUGGGUUGACAUAGCUGAAGUGAUGCUGGAUUUAAUUGAUUGGCUGACCCGCCAGGAGUUUGGCCGAAACUACGUGGUCAGUAUCAGAGAUCUCCUCUCGUGGGUGAACUUCAUGAACACAAUGGUGGAAGAAGCUGAUUCGAAAAGGCCAGACACCAUCUCUACAGUCACAUCUUUUGUUCAUGUCGCCUGCCUGGUGUACAUAGAUGGAAUAGGUUCAGGUCCUGUCCGCUGCAGGAAUAAUAUCACCGAUUAUGCGCUCAGUGCAGCCACUACCGGUAUGAAUGCCCAGAGGCUUUUACGAGCUACCAAACUGAACAAACCCAUUCUUUUGGAAGGCUCACCUGGUGUUGGCAAGACAAGCUUGGUGGCAGCAUUAGCAAAGGCUUCAGGACAUACUCUCGUUCAAAUCAACUUAUCGGAGCAGACAGAUAUCACAGACCUGUUUGGAGCAGAUCUCCCUGUUGAAGGUGGCAAGGGAGGAGAAUUUGCCUGGCGCGAUGGCUCCCUGCUGGCAGCUCUGACGGAGGGGCACUGGGUUGUGUUGGAUGAGCUUAACCUGGCUUCUCAGUCCAUAUUGGAAGGACUCAGUGAUUGCUUUGACAUUCGAGGAGGAAUCUUCGUACCAGAAUUGGGGAUGACUUUUCAAGUACAGCAUGAAAAGACAAAGAUUAUUGGAUGUCAGAAUCCUUUUAGACAAGGAGGUGGGAGGAAGGGCUUACCCAGGUCUUUCCUUAGCAGAUUUACUCAGGCUUUUGUGGAUCCUCUUACAGUAAUUGAUAUGGAAUUUAUUGCCAGUACUUUGUUUCCAGCCAUUGACAAAACUAUUGUGAAGAAAAUGGUCGUUUUUAAUAACCAAAUUGAUCACAAAGUGACUGUUGAGAAGAAAUGGGGCCAAAAAGGAGGACCCUGGGAGUUCAGCCUCCGGGAUCUUUUCCGCUGGUGUCAGUUGAUGCUCGUCGAACAGUUCUCUGGUUAUUACGAUCCUGGCCAGCAUGUGUUUUUGGUCAUUGGUGUAUUCAAGGAUGUAUUUGAUUCAAAUUCUACUCCAUACCUGGGGACCAGACUGUUUCAUAUCACUCCCUAUGAUAUCCAACUGGGCUACUCAGUUCUUUCCCGGGGCACCUAUGUGCCUCACCCAUCACGCAGACCCCUGUCACUCCUGCAUCGGUCAUUCCAGUCAUUGGAGCCGAUCAUGAAGUGUGUACAGAUGAGCUGGAUGGUCAUCCUUGUGGGGCCAGCCUCGGUGGGCAAGACCAGCCUGGCAAAAAAGCACCACCCCAUGAUCGAUAGAGGGUCUUCUGUGUCCAAUGGCUAA